CGCGCCAAUCGCUAUACCUGCGCAGAGCACCCGUAUUGAACGUCGCAGUGCCCCGCACGCACUGCACCAAGUGAGGGGAAGCCGAAACCUGAAAGACCAAAUUUCACUACAAAUAAUUUCUCACUUUUACGCAAUUGCCUGUUAACAUUUUUAAGAUUUUCGGAAGAAUGCGACCAGAAACACUCGUUCCUCUUCUGUGUGCAAUGUGCCACAUCUCUCUGGCCUUCCCUGCACUGACUGGACACUCAGAAGAUGAUAUAGGACACCUCCAGGUCUCCAUCCUCUCUCCGUCUCCCAUCUCCGCCCCACUGGGAGACUCUGUCACCAUUCCCUGCCUGGUGUCCCUCUCCAUCCCCUCCUCCACCUCAACUCCAAUUCCUCCUCGGGUCAAGUGGAGCGUGGUGUCCAGAGGGCAGGAGAUGGAGAUCCUGGUGGCCAGGGGUCAUAGGGUGAAGGUCAACGAGGCCUACCGGGAGAGAGCCUCCCUGGUUAAUUACGCCACAUCCCCUGAGGAUCUCAGCCUAUGGCUGGGGGAUCUGCGGUCAGCUGACUCGGGCUACUACCGCUGUGAGGUGCAGCAGGGUCUGGAGGAUGCCAACGACCUUGUGCAGCUGACUGUCAAAGGUGUGGUGUUCCACUACCGACAUGCCUCUGGUCGCUAUGCCUUCUCAUUUCCCGAGGCUCAGAAUGCCUGCGACAGCAUCGGUGCCCAAAUCGCCACGCCCGACCAGCUCCUGGCAGCCUAUCAUGAUGGCUAUGAACAGUGUGAUGCUGGCUGGCUUGCAGACCAAUCUGUAAGGUACCCAAUCCAGGUCCCUCGCGAGGGUUGCUAUGGGGACAUGAACGGGCAGCCUGGAGUGAGAAAUUAUGGGACACUGGAACCAACUGAGCUGUUUGAUGUCUACUGUUAUGUUGAGCAAAUAGAUGGAGAGGUUUUCCAUGAUCCUAUCCCUCAGCUGUUGUCAUUGGAUGAAGCGCAGACCUACUGUGAGAGAGCUGGGGCAGAGCUGGCCACCACUGGGCAGCUGUACAUGGCAUGGAGUGAGGGUCUGGACUGGUGCAGCCCUGGAUGGUUGGCUGAUGGCAGCGUACGCUACCCCAUUGUGACCCCUAGAGAGCGCUGUGGCGGGGCUCUGGCGGAAGUCAAAACUCUGUACCUCUUCAGCAAUCAGACGGGCUUCCUUGAACCUUCUAGUCGCCAUGACGUUUACUGUUUCAAAGGCCACGGGAAUCCUCACACCGAUGCACCGAUGGACUACAUGGCCACAGAGCCUGAAGACAUGGGACAGGAUGUAAUCCUCCUCAUGCAGCCGGCCGAGGAGCUGCAGCUGAACCAGGAUCCAGAUCAGGUGGAGCGAGAGGCCCAGAGGGCCUUAGACUCCCUCCCUGCAUUCCAAAAUACUCCCAUUGGGGAAGACCUGCAAGACACGCCCCCUACACCCAUCUCAGAUAUGGACUCCCCUUUCAGCCCUACCACAUCUUCACCGAACCUCCUUCAGCCCUUUGAUGAGACUCUACUUCCUGUAGAGGUUGACCAUGACUCUCAGCAACCCACAUUGUCUCUCCGGAUCCAUAACUCCAGUACACCAGACCAGCCUGAGCCAGAAACCACCCCAGAGUUUCCAGAGCCUUCUUUUGAGCCUCACAGGCAUUACCAGCCGAUGCCAGAAACAAACCUGGAUGAAAUGGAGUACCCUCAAGCCAGUGGUUCCAAGCACUUCCAGCCCAUGCCUGAGACCAACCUAGAUGUUGUAGAUAAUAAUAAAAGCACAACGAUGGGUAACCAUAGUUAUCAAAUCAUGACUACCAUGACAUCAACGACUUUCAACUCUACCAGAGAAGUUACAGAGCAACAUGAGAAACAAGACCCAACAUCAGAGAGCGGGCAUGAAGAGGCCAUAGUAGGGGAGCAUGAGCAGGCAUCUACCUCAGCUGGGUACCAAGAAAGAAUCAGUCACCAUCCAGGACAGUCAACCUUCGCCCCCUUCACAGAGGUCACAUCAGUAUGGUCUCCUCAGGAUGGCUCUGGAGACCUUUCCCAAGAGACUGAUCCAAUCAUCCACCAGGAAAUCCAAAUGAUCAGUGUCCAUACCACCUCAGUUUCUCCCACUUCUGACCUCAACACUCAGAACUCCACCUCUCCAGGAACCACUGACAUUUCUAGACAUUUGUUUUUGGAUCAUUCUGAAGAGUCGGGGCAGGAUUUCUAUUCCACAGUCGUUGCACAUCUUUCUGGAACCUCAACUACAAAUGUGGAAAGAACAGGCCUUCUUGAAAGAUUGGACUCCUCGGGAGAACAGGAACUGCAACCACUGAAACAAGAUGAUGAUCAUGUUGGAUCUGGUGAGGAAAUGGCCACCACUGGGUCUCCAGAUUUGGCUGUCACCAGCAAAAGACCUGUUCAGCUCACUACUGUUGAGUAUCAGACGAUGUCAACUUCCAAAAUGGCCGACCCCACAACAGAGGACGAGGGAAGUGGGUAUGAAACAGGCACAAAUGCAUCACACCUGGAGCAAGAGGUCUUCUCUGUUGAGCCCCAGACAUCCAGUUGGGAUCUGCACCGCACCACCUCUGCACCCCAGGAAUCCAGGGACGACCUGGCGUACAGCAGCAGUGGACCCAUGUUCAUCUCACCAACAGAGCAUUCAGCUUCCUCAACUGAGACAGAUGAGUCUGUAUCUGACUCCAACUCCUCUUCCACUACCGAACCCACUGCUACCCCCGUGUCUGCCUUCACACAAGUGUUCAUGCAAACCUGGAGCCCGUCCACAACCACCCCACAAAAUGUUCCUGAACCAACAGACCCAAAACUGGUGACGGCUCUCAUCCCACCCGUGGAUCAAAGUCAGGUGGAGCUUGAAUACGGUCUUACCAAACCACCCACCUUGCGUAUGUUGCCCAAUGGGAGAGCUGCCGUGGGCAGAGCCGGGAAACUUUCAGAAGCUUGUUUGGAGGACCCUUGUGUCAAUGGAGGCACCUGCGUUGAGGAGGAUGGACACACCAAGUGUCUCUGUUUGCCCAGUUAUGGAGGAGACUUCUGUCAGACAGACUUGGAGCAAUGUGAUGCUGGCUGGGAGAAGUUCCAGGGCUUCUGCUACAAACACUUCAAUCAGCGACUGAGCUGGGAAGUGGCUGAGCAGCACUGUCGCAUGACCGGCGGCCAUCUUGUCUCCAUCAUGAGCCCUGAGGAACAGGACUUCAUCAACACCAAUUAUAAAGAGUAUCAGUGGACUGGACUGAAUGACAAAACCAUCGAGGGAGAUUUCCACUGGUCCAACGGAAACCCAUUACUCUAUGAGAAUUGGUACAGAGGUCAGCCGGACAGCUACUUCCUGUCCGGAGAGGACUGUGUGGUGAUGGUGUGGCAUGACUCUGGACGCUGGAGUGACGUGCCCUGUAACUACCACCUGGCUUAUACCUGCAAGAAAGGCACAUCCUUGUGCGGGCCACCUCCCAAGGUCCCCAAUGCGUCAAUGUUUGGCAAAGCUCGCCAGCGCUACGAGACUGAUGCCAUUGUGCGCUACUACUGUGCCCAGGGCUUCCAACAGAGACAAAACCCUCUGGUCAAAUGCCUGGCAGGUGGCAGAUGGGAGGAGCCACAGAUCCGCUGCAUUCCAGGGGCACACAGCACUACGCAGCUAGGAGGAGUCCCAUCGCCUACCUCAGAAAAUCUGGGUCUUGGUGAAGAAGAAUCUCAAACAAAGGAAUCACCACAAUACUGGGACAUCAAGUUUUAAAUUCCAGGCAAUUUCUCAAUAAUAUGCAAUAUUAUGUAUCCUCAAUACAUUUUUUUCUUAUCUUUUUGUGUUUUGAUGUUAAAUGACUACAAGACAAAGUGAUAGGACAGAAACAUAUCAAGUUAUUUUAUUCAACUCAACUUAUUUUACCUGUUUGGUGACAAAAGGAAGGUGAACUUUCAGGUUGUUCACUUUGAAGGAUAUCAAGACCCUAUUUAUUAACCCGUUACCCUCUUUGUGCAUUUGCAUCCAAAAAAAUAUCAAUUUGAACCUUUUGUUCUGAAAAGUCUGUUCUGGUUUAACAACUGCAUAACACACAUAUCUACAUUUUAUUUGAAUCCUAUCAUAAAAUUGACUUUUGAAACUCAUUAUUCAAAUAGUUAACAACAGCUGGUCUGUUUUCAAAGGGAGGUAUGAUGAUGUUUGCAUCCUGGGAGCCUGUUCAGGUUUAGGUAUAAUAGGUUUACAAGUGGAGGAAUAAAGAAGAUUCUGUCUUCCAACUGUAAAUUGCAUAGUUCACUUCAUGUUAUGCUUUAAUUCUCUAUAAGAGAUUAAUUAUCUUGACUCAAUUAUAGUAUUGGGGAAAUCAACAUGUAUGUUUUCCCAAAUCAGUUCUGGUCAGUUUUGUUGUAUUCACGAGAGUCAAUCAGAUGCACAAGAUAGAGGACACACAUGUUUAUAUCAGGACUUUUCACUUGUUGCAGCCCACCCAAUCACACAAUCAUUUCCACUUUGUCUAAUCCCAUUUUUAUAAAUCCUGGUGCUGAAAUUCAAUUCAACAUUUUGGUAAGCACAAAUAAAAGGUAGUGUAAACAUUUUACACAUAAAUCAAUAGUGAUUUACUGAUGAUAUAAGCAAUUUGAGGGAAAGGUUUGUCAAGCAGCUGCAUACAAUAUGGUGCCGGAUCAAAAAAUCCAACCUAAUAAAUCUGUCAUUAUUUUUUAAGAUUGGGAGCAUAGACUGCUUACUGCUUGUUCACUGUAUCCUUGAUUUUUAUGACACAGUUCUAUUCAAAAGCUUUAUGUUGUAAUAAAGUUUUAUAGAAUCAAGAAAUAAUCUACAACAUAUAGCACAGCAUCAAUCUGAAGUUGUAUGUCCUUAAUUUCAAAAAUGAUUUAUGCAUCUUUUACAGUUAUACAUUCUUUCAUAAACAGACUAAUA